GCAUGUGUCUCCCGUCAGCAGCUCGGUGAUACAGCAGCUCAGUGAUACAGGCCAGCCGGUGCAGUGCACACUCAUUACUCAGCAUGAAAUUCCCUGGCUCGGUGCUGGUGUCAGUCUCCCUGUUUGUGGCAGAGACAAUAACCGCCCUGUAUAUAAGCAGCACAUACAGCUCGGGCGGGGACAAGGUUUGGCAGUAUCUGACUCUCCUCUUCUGCCUUCUGCCCUGUGUGCUGGUGCAGAUCAACCUCAUCUUCAUCCACAGGGACCUGAGCAGGGACAGACCGCUGGUGCUGCUGCUGCACCUACUACAGCUGGGACCCUUAGUCAGAUGUAUCGAGGUCCUUUUCAUCUACUUCAAUGCGGGUAAAGUGGAAGAACCAUAUGUCAGCAUCACCAGAAAGAGACAGUUGCCCAAAGGAGGUUGUAGUGAUGAAGUGGAAAAGGAAAUGGGACAAGUGGAAAGAAAACUCUUCAUACACAGAUCUGCAUUCAGCCGGGCCUCUGUAAUCCAAGCUUUCCUUGGAUCAGCACCUCAGCUGACCCUUCAGCUAUAUAUAUCUGUAUUGCAGCAAAAUGUGCCAAUAUCACUUUGCAUCUUUAUGAGCAUUUCCUUGCUGUCCAUUGUGUAUGGGGCAUUACGGUGCAACAUCCUGGCCAUUAAAAUCAAGUAUGAUGACUAUGAUAUAAGCGUUAGACCAGCUGCCUACAUCUGCAUAUUCUUAUGGCGGAGCUUUGAGAUUUCCACCAGAGUUGUGGUACUGGUCCUUUUCAGCUCCGUCCUGCAAAUAUGGACUCUGCCAGUGGUGCUAUUGAACUUCAUUGUGUUUUUCUUGUACCCUUGGAUUCUCUUCUGGCAGAGUAAGUCUCCCUUUCCUGAAAACAUAGAGAAGGCAUUGACGAGAGUUGGCACCACCAUGGUGCUCUGCUUCCUCACCUUUCUGUAUGCAGGCAUCAACAUUUUCUGUUGGUCUGCGGUACAACUCAAGCUCAAUGACUCAGACUUAAUCAACAAGUCUCAAAACUGGUACCGCAUGGCUGUGUACUACAUGUUAAGAUUUAUUGAGAAUGCUGUCCUGUUGCUGCUGUGGUAUAUGUACAGAACAGAUGUUUACAUGUAUGUAUGUGCCCCAUUACUAGUGCUGCAGCUGCUGAUUGUAUACUGUAUGGCGGUUCUGUUCAUGCUCAUCUUCUAUCAGUUUUGCCAUCCUUGCAAGAAAUUAUUUUCCUCAAGCAUCUCACAAGGGCUACUAUCAUGCUUCAAGUUCCUGUGUUACCUCUGUAUACCAUCAAAAGAUCCAAACAAUAGGGACACGUUUAGGGCCAAACUAUCAGAUAGUUCUGAUAUCAAUGAGCACCCAAGUUGUAAGGCUGUGGAUGCUCAAAAUGGAAAUACACAUCAGGAUGCAUCCUCCAGUGCAUAACAUUGGACUCACUGGAGGGAGACUCAUUGUAUGUCCCCACCUAUAGGAACUGUAUGUGACCUGCAGGCUUUAAUGCAUCUAUAGUACUUUAUAUACUGUAGGGCUAUACAUUGAAGCUAAAAUGAGAUGUUUCCCUGGGGUGUAGGGGAGAUAUCUGUUCCCAUAAAGAAGCAGAUUUGUCAUACUGUAUCCGCACCAAGAAUGAAGAACAUGGUUAGAACACAAAAACAGAACUAAAAAUAACCGGGCAUAAACUCGCUAUAAUGUAUUUGAUAUAUUGGAAUUCCAGAGGUAUCAUAAAUAUAUUGUUAGUGACAAAUAAACCAAACCGUGCUGAAACCCUGAGGACUCCAAAUGUUGCACAUAUUCAGUACGUCCACCUUGUCAAUCCACACAUAUGUGCUGAAAAUGUUUGAUGGGCUAUAAUCUGACAUCAUGAUUAUAUAAACCAAAAAGGGAUGAAGUUUAGCUCCUUUAAUACAUUAUGGUACGUUGGCAAAAUAAAGUAUACUUUAUUUUGGGACUGGAACCAAUUUAGGAAUAUUCCGAGAUGUCUACAUUUUUCAAUGAAUACCUGGAUAAAAGUAUGGAGGCUCUUGCUUGGUGCAAAUAUUUGGGGAUUUUUCCAAUUAUUUUGAUAACUGAUUAUAUAUAUAUAAAACAGGGUUUUGAAAAUGUCUUGUCCACAUUGAAACUUUGGUUUAGUCUAGCCCAGUGGUUCCCAAACUUUUUUGAAACAUGGCGCCCUAGAGCAUCAGAAUUGUUUUCACGGUGCUCCUAGGCCAAAGGUUUCUUAUUGAGAAAUUUAGAAAUAUUGAAUUAAGUAAAUUCUGUUUAUAUGUUAUCCUUAGGUUCAAUUGUGUGGUGAAGGACAGGAUUCACAUCUGUUUGUCCACAUAAUUUAUGAUUAGCAGGCACCAGCACUGGUUUUGUCUAUUACAUUGACCAAUAAUAAAUUGAAUUGGCCCUGUACCACCAACAGAGGGCACCUCUACAAAUGCCCUGAGACACCCCAGGGUGCCACCGCACACAGUUUGAGGACCACUGGUCUAGCCAUUGUGUCCCGUCAUUAUUGUACCUGAAUGAUGCCACUUUGCAGUGUUUGUAACAGUCCAGUACAUUUGCCUCUGUUCCUAGGAGAGUGCCACUGGAUUCUGCGGUUGUGUAGAUGCAGUACACAUUUAUAUAUAUUACUGUAUUUGCUUUGCUUCCACCAUAAACCAAAUGGCCUUUAUUUUUCAAAAAUAGUUAUACACUAAUAUAUAGACAUUCCUCCGGGUUCAAUAUAUAUAUGUCAGACAUUUAUUAAGUCAACAUGUUUGUAAUGUCAACGUUUAGCAUGUUGACAGUUAUGUUAUGUCAACAUACUGGGCCUGAAUCAGAUGUGGUUGGAGGGUUCUGCGCUGUGCAUUACUUGGAAGCAGGUAUGGUAAUGUAGCAUGAGGUGUCUGGUGUAAAGAGAUGACCCCACAUGCAUGUGUGAUCCAGUGCCGCAUCCUUGGAUACAGCAUCGGCUUAUCUGCAACUCCAUUGGCUGGCUUAGUGAUCCAUGAGGUGACGCAAACCGGCCAGUGCAGCUCCAAGAGGCAAGGAAAUCUCCAUCGGAAGAUGGAGACCAUGCCACGGAACUCUCCUAAAAACGGAGGUGAUGUGCCUCCAUUUUGGGUGCAGACUGUCAAUCAAUUGAUGUCUGCGCCGCUCUGCUUCUGAUGAUGCAGGACCCGUAAUGAAUAUGUGCAGUACAGGUCCUGCACUUGCGCAAAGAACACAACGUCAGUACUUUGCAACAUGUGCCCUAACAGCGUCAGGAUGUGAAUCAGGCACACUGUUUUUCUUGUCAUUCUGUCCGUAACGUUAUUGCUGGCUAUAAAGACAAUCUUAACCCUAACCGUAAGCGUCAUGGAAAUGUCAACAAUUUAACUGUCUACAUUCUGUCAAUGACAACAUUUGCAGGUGUCGAAAUGAAUGAUAUCAAUAAUUUAACCAUGUCGACAUCAUCAAUGUUGACCUGCUAUCGAAAUUAUGAAUGACAAACUGGUGAACAGAGACAUGGUGACUGCAUACCCUUCUUCCACAUGGCCAUGUGGUUGGGAUGUACAGAUGGAGCCAUGCUAGCCGUGGCUCAGUCUGUGCCUGGGCGCGCCCGCCCAGGUGCACCUAGUGACUACAGGCGUCUCCAGCCGGGCACGCGCGCCCCAUUCACUAGAAUGGGAGAGCGUCUCCGUCCGUCCAGGCGGACAGAGACGCUCUCCCAUUCAUAGAAUGGGAGAGCGUCUCUGUGCACUCCCAGCGUGACUAGGCAAAUGGAUCGCCUAGUCACGCCUGGAGUGCACGCAUGUGAUGGAGCUGCCACAGGUGAGCGUGGCUCUGUGUAAUACUGGGUCACUGAAUUAUGUAGGUUGGCUACCUGUAGAUCUACUGUGUAAUUCCCAGUAAUGAGUUCUUUAUAAAGACCUUAUUGGCUUAUGUGCAGAGACCUCAUAACAUUAGCCACCCAAUAGGAAGUGUUGGAUAUAAUAUUAUUCUGGAUUAAAUAAAUAGGAAUCCUUGCUCUAAAUAAUGAGUGCCAUAUGCAGUAUAGCAUUAUAGCUAGGGAUGGCCAUCGACCAUCGAUGAUUCAUAAUAAUUGAUGGUUUAUGUCCAAUGUUGAAUGUUUUUGCCAUCAAUGGAGGAGACCAGAUGGCGUCCCUACAUCGAUGGCACAGUAUAACCAAUUUGGAGUUUUUCUACAUGGUGCAGAGACAUGGAGCAUAGCUGCACCCACAAUGCCCCGCCCCAAGUUCUGAUUGGCCCCAGAGGAACAAGAAUGACCAUCAGAUGGUGAAACCAUCGAUAGUCAUCCAUUGCAUAUUUAACAACCAUCAAUGUCAACUUGCCAUAUUGCCAUCGAUGGUGAACACACCGAUGGCCAUCCCUAAUCAUAGCAGGCAAAAGGAAGAUAUUCUCUAAAGUGGCAUACUGAAAUAAGUGUCCCAACAAACCUAGAACUGUUGUAUCUCCUAUCAGAUCAGUUUCUUGUUAUGGUGUUAAAAUGGACAUGUUUGUAAUAGGACAGAAAUAAUUUCCUGUUAUUCUCAUUAGGUUUUAAAAACAUGUUUGAAUAGUAAAGCUGGGUACACACUGGCCCAUCGCGGGUCCGUCGACUAGUGUGUACAAGCGAUAGGUCUGUGAACUCUGUCAUUCACAGACCUAUCACGUCGGCCCUGCUGCACAGCUGACGACCAAUAUAUCGUUAGAUAUAUUGACCACCCGUACACAAGCUGCAGCAGCCGGCGCUGACUGACAGCUGAACUGGGCGGGCGUGCCCGAUGGAUCGGGCAGUAUGUAUGCACAGCACACUGCCCGAUCCGGCUUUAGAUAUAUCUGCAGAUCAAUUGAUCUGCAGAUAUAUCUUUAGGUGUGUACCCAGCAUAAAGUAGGAAGAGGAGUUUGUUUUACUAACAUAUUUAUUUAUGAAUUAUUUGUAUUCUAUCUCUAUAGAUGGGGCAGGUGUAAAAUAUACAGAAAGAUUUUUUUUUGAGAUGGGUGUGUCAAAUCUCAAAUCUAGAUUGCCGUGUCCAAUCUCAAGUAAAAAAUGCUGUCUAAAAUUAAAGCAGUCCAGCAUUUGUGGGUUACAUGCAAAAGCAGUCAGUACUUACCCUGCAUGCAGAAAAAGAAAUAAAUGUAUUUGCAGCCCUUGUAUUGUAGCAUAGUUGGACCAGGUGCAGUUACUUUUUUUACUUUACUCCCAACUCAGAAUAAGGCCCAUUCUGCCCUCCCACCCAUAUGUGGAAGCAGAGCAGCCCCAAUAGGGGUGCGGUCUGAUUAUGGGGAUGGUGUUUGUUGAGGGGGCGGGAUCCCUCUUCAUAGGGUCUGAUUGUACACAAGUGUGGCCUUCCAUGUUUCUUUUGCUGCAGAUCGGGGACGGAUUGGAAACUAAAAGGGGCCCUGUAAAAUUUUGUAGAAGUGGCCCGACA